AUGGCAAGUGCAGUACCUCCGGGAGAUGCGCCCUCAUUUGACAAAUCGAAGCGGGCUAAAUUCGCUAAGGUUAAAAAUAAAACGCCGGCGCCAAUUCAAAUCACUGCUGAGCAAAUUCUCAGAGAAGCCAAAAACAGAGAGCUUGAGGUUGCUCCUCUGGCACCGACACAAAAAAUCACAAAUCUUGCAGAAUUACGUGAUUUUCAGUUACGAAAACGAAAGGACUAUGAAGAUAAUAUUCGUAAGAAUCGACUCGCCAUGCAAAACUGGAUCAAGUAUGCGAAGUUCGAAGAAAGUCAGGGAGAACUACAACGGGCCCGAUCUAUCUUCGAGCGAGCUCUCGAUGUGGAUUUUCGAAAUAUCGGUUUGUGGCUAAAGUAUGCCGAUAUGGAAAUGCGUAACAAGCAGGUUAACCAUGCUCGCAAUCUCUGGGAUAGAGCAGUUACUCUUAUUCCAAGAGCCAAUCAGUUCUGGUACAAAUACACUUAUAUGGAGGAAUUACUUGGUAAUGUGGCUGGUGCCCGUCAGGUCUUUGAAAGGUGGAUGGAAUGGGAACCCGAAGAACAGGCCUGGCAUGCUUACAUCAACUUUGAACUCCGUUACAAGGAAUUGCAGCGAGCCCGACUAAUAUACGAGCGCUUUGUACUAGUGAAUCCAGAACCCAAGAAUUGGGUCAAGUAUGCAAAGUUUGAGGAAAGAAAUAACUAUAUCAAUUCGGCUCGUAAAGUGUUUGAAAGAGCUAUUGAGUUCUAUGGUACAGACAACCCUCAAGCUCGCUUGUUCAUUGAAUUCGCAAGAUUUGAGGAGAGACAGAAGGAGCAUGAUCGUGCUAGGGUUAUCUACAAAUACGCUCUGGAUAAUCUCCCAUCGGAUGAAUGUCCCGAGAUUUACAAGGCCUACACUCUGCAUGAGAAGAAAUAUGGUGAUCGCCUGGCUAUUGAAGGGGUCAUUCUCAACAAGCGCAAGUUCCAGUAUGAGUCUGAGGCGGAAGCAAAUCCACAUAAUUACGACGUCUGGUUCGAUUAUGUUCGCCUUAUGGAGGAGGAGGGAUCGGUUGAACAAACUCGUGAACUCUAUGAAAGAGCUGUAGCUAAUGUUCCUCCGGUUAAGGAAAAACGAUACUGGCGUCGGUAUAUUUACUUGUGGAUUAACUAUGCUCUCUACGAGGAGCUGACAGUGGCAGAUAUGGAGAGAACACGCGAGGUUUACAAUUUCGCCCUUCGUCUUAUUCCUCACAAAAAAUUCACCUUCGCCAAGAUGUGGCUCUAUGCGGCUAAAUUUGAGAUUCGUCAGAAACAACUCACUGCCGCUCGCAAGCUUCUUGGCACAGCGUUGGGCAAGUGCCCAAAGGCCAAGCUUUUCCGUGGCUACAUUGAAUUGGAGAUUCUACUGCGAGAAUUCGAUCGAUGUCGAAAGCUCUACGAUAAGUUUCUCGAAUUCUCACCGGAAAAUUGCACCACUUGGAUGAGGUACGCUGAAAUGGAGGCUUUAUUGGACGAAGUUGAGCGAGCACGGGCUAUCUACGAAUUGGCAAUUUCUCAACCUCUUUUAGAUAUGCCUGAAAUUCUAUGGAAGGCCUACAUCGAUUACGAGAUUGAACAAAGAGAAUGGGAUCGUGCAAGGGCUCUCUAUCGACGUCUUAUGGAAAAAACCCAACAUGUUAAGGUCUGGUUGAGUUUGGCCAACUUUGAGCUCUGUGCCCAAGACGCGAUUGUGGUCGAGGAGGGUAGUGCUAAUGCCGAAACUGCUAGGGAAUUUAAUGAAAGUGAAGCUCGUACAGCAAUCGAGCGCGCUCGUGCUGUUUACCGAGAGGCCAAUCAAACCCUCCGCAAAUCCUCAGAAAAGGAGCAGCGUGUUCAACUUCUUGAGGAAUGGAAGACCUUCGAAGAGGAAUACGGCAAUGAAGAGACACGCAAGGAAGUCUCCAGCUUCGAACCCCAACGUGUGAUUCGCAGUCGACGAUUGGAAGAAGAGGGAGCAGCCGGGGGUUGGGAGGAGUUUGUCGAGUACAUAUUCCCUGACACAGCAGCUGAGCAACCGAAUAGGAAGCUUCUGGCCAUCGCCAAUAAAUGGGCUGCGAGACAUGAGGGUUCUGAUGGCGAUUCGGACACCAGCUCUGAGAGUUCAGAUGAUGAUAUUGAUAAUGAUGAUGCUGAAGGCACUAAUCAGGAGGAGAUUCGAUUGCCUUCGGAAAAUGAGGAGAUGGAUGAGUAG